AUGGAGGAGGUAGAGAGGACCACCAGCAGCACCACCACCACCAUGGAUGACUUAUGUCCUGACCUUCUUGAAUCCAUCCUCUGUCGACUUCCUUUGAUUUCUCGCGCAAGAUCCAAGUGCGUCUCCAAGACUUGGUGCAGUCUCAUCACCUCUCUCCGCCACUCCUUCCCUCCUUCCACCUCCUCUGGCCUUGUCAUCUUCUUGAUUUUUCUGCUUGCAAUGAUUUCUAUAAGGUCUUGGGCAGGAUCCCCGAUCCCAACACCUUCCACCUCCUCUGGCCUUGUCAUCUUCCUGACAAACAACAUCAAAAACGAGCCCAAUAACCUCCAUCGAACAUUCUUCAUCAAAAACCAAGACCAUUCCCAAACUUUCACUCUUCAAUGCUCUACCAAACACAACCUUCCAUGGCUCGUCGAUUCCUGCAAUGGGUUGCUUCUUUAUGCCAAGAACGAUCGUAAUCAUAACUGGUCUUACUAUAUCUCCAGCCCUGUUCUUGAUCAAUUCAUUGCUCUCCCUCCGAGGCACAAACCAUUUAUCUUGGCUCGUGAAAGUCUAGCUUUUAAUGGGUUGAAUUCAAAUUCAAAUUCCAAACACAACCACCACCACUUCAAGGUGAUUUGUUUCUUCUUUAACGAAGUUGAUGCAGAGUCAGGGAAAAUCAAUUGCCAAACUUUCUCUGCACAAACAGGGGAAUGGAGAGAACAUGAAGCUCCUUUAAACAACUCUAAUCUAUUGCUAGAAGAUGGGUUUCGGCGUUCUGAUUGUUUCAGUCCCAGUGUUUACAGCAAGGGUAGAUUGUACUGGAUAUGGAGUCUAUGCAUGUUGGUUUACGAUGACAAAAGAGAAUUCUUUAAGCUUGUUUUAUUACCAAAGAGCAAGUCUCGCAGGAAUUUUAAUUAUGUGUUGUCUCUACAGUUGUGGGAAUCUGAGGGGCGAAUUCAUUAUUGUGAACCAAUUGAGGAAGGAUUUCGAUUGUGGAUUUAUAUGGACGAUGGCGAUGAAAAUUCAUAUGAUUAUGAUUUCAAGAACUGGCAAGCAAAGACGACGAUCGUGUUAGAGCGAAUUAGAUUGGGUUUGAGUUGGCCGUGUGCGUUCAAUGAAGAAUUGCAGGAGUUGUAUAUGCAGGUGCCACCAGGAACCAUUUUUUCUUACAGUUUUGAGACUCGGAAAUUGGCAAAGUUGUGUUGCUAUGGUAAGCCUGGUAAAGAUUAUUCCAUUAGCUAUAUUUAUCCAUUCAUGUUCAACUCUGCCAAUUUGAUUCCAAGGAACUAA